GCAGCAGAGGCUGAGGCGGCUGGUGCUCUCCUGUCAUAGAGACCUAUAGUAUGCAGAUUGCGCAGAGUCUGGGGCUCACGUCUCGUCUUCCUCCAGAAAAUAGCAUGCCCCAUGUGUACUAACCUCCAGACUUUCUUCUACACAGGACCAAAUUAUUGCUUUUGCAUGAAUUUAAAUGAAAAUGUCCGGGGAACAGCGAAAGCUUCCCAACUGGAUGUCUGAGCAGGAUACUCACGGUACAAGUAAGGCUAAGACGAAUUGCUCCUUGAAGAAAAAUAUAUUAGAAGAUAAUCUCCCGUUCCUGAAAUUCAGUGGCUCAAUUGUCUAUAGUUAUGAAGCACAGGAGUGUUCUUUCUUUUCGGAGUACAUCAGAGAGAGACUUUCCAAAGAAGCUGUGCUUGGAUUUGACAUUGAGUGGCCCCCUGCUUAUAGAAAGGGUAAAAAUGGAAAGGUCUCCCUCAUCCAAGUGUGCACUUCAGAAGAGGAAUGCUAUUUAUUUCAGGUUUCAUCCAUGACAGGUUUUCCUAAGGGUCUGAAGAGGCUGCUUGAAGACAUGUCUAUAAAGAAGGUUGGAGUUGGUAUUGAAGGGGACCAAUGGAAGUUAAUGAGCGACUGUGAUCUGAAGUUAAAAGGAUUCAUCGAACUUACUGAUUUGGCAAACCAAAAGCUUCAGUGUAAGGAAAAGUGGAGUUUGAAUGGCUUGGUCAAACACCUCUUCAACAAGCAGCUUCUGAAAGAUGACUCUGUGCGUUGCAGUGACUGGGACAGACUUCCCCUCAGUGAAGAGCAGAAGCUCUAUGCUGCCUCAGAUGCAUAUGCUGGACUUCUGAUUUACCAAAAGUUGGAGAGCUUGGAUGAAAAGGAGAAACUUGUUUUAUCUAUCCCCACAGGAUUGAGUUCUGGAUCAUGUGAAGUGAAAAACAAGUUGAACAGUCUGUCACAGGAGCUCCUAGUUCUGGUGGAUCAGGUCCCUGGUAAUUUUGAGGACUCUAGAGAAGCAGAAAGAGCUGUACAUAUUCUCGAUAAGCUUUCUUCGGGCCUGGAAGAUUUAAGAAACAUUCUAGUGUCUUCCAAAGAACAGGAAAAUGGCACAGAAGGUGAACAUUUGUCGCAGGAUGAGACCAAUUCAGCAAGCAUGGAAGACAGCCAUGAUCAGAGGAAAAGCAGCAAGCGUACUGAGGGCAUGGUUACUCUACCUAAAGAUACUUUACAUCAACCAUUACACUCGAAGCAAGGGUUGACUAUAGAUGAACUUAACAUGAUUGAGCAAGAAGAGCAUGAAGAAACGAUAAUGUUUGAUGAGGAAAAUGAGGAACCAGAACUAAGUUAUAUAUUUGAUGACGAUGAAGAGUUUGAGACUGAGAUGCUCAAGUCUGUAGAGAUCCUGGAUAAAAGCCCAGAAUCAUUUACCACUAGCUUUCCACAAACACUGGUACCCAGUAGUAAAGUAGACCAUAAUGCAGUGGAUGAGGAAGAAGAUGAAGGUAUAGAAGAGGAGGAGGAAGAUGAUUGGGAUCCAGCUCUUCCCGAACCUAAUGUGCAUCAAAUUUCUUGCUUGAAAACGUAUUUUGGCCAUUCAAGUUUUAAACCGGUCCAAUGGAAAGUUAUCAAUUCCAUUUUAAAAGAGAGGCGGGACAACCUUGUUGUCAUGGCAACAGGUUAUGGAAAGAGUCUGUGUUAUCAGUUUGCUCCGGUUUAUACUUCCUGCAUUGGCAUUGUGAUCUCACCGCUUAUUUCUCUCAUGGAAGACCAAGUAUUACAGCUUACAAUGUCAAAUAUUCCAGCCUGUUUUCUUGGCUCAGCACAGUCUAAAAACGUCAUGCAUGAUGUGAAAGGAGGAAAAUUUAAAGUCAUUUAUAUGACACCUGAAUUUUGUUCUGUCGGGAUCUCUUUGCUGCAGGAGCUAGAUAACAAUUUUGGUAUAAGCCUUAUUGCCGUUGAUGAGGCACAUUGCAUUUCUGAAUGGGGGCAUGAUUUCAGGAGUGCUUAUCGGAGCCUUGGAAACCUCAAGCGAUUACUGCCUUCGGUGCCUGUGAUAGCUUUGACAGCAACGGCAAGCCCCUCGGUACGUGAUGACAUUCUAGCAUCUUUACACCUGCAUGACCCACAGAUCACCUGUACAAGCUUUGAUCGUCCAAACUUGUACCUAGAAGUAGCACGGAAGACAUCAAAUAUGGCUCGAGAUCUUCAACAAUUUCUCAUUAAAAAGCAAGGGCCUGGCUGGGAAUUUGAAGGUGCUGCUAUUGUCUACUGCCCAUCCAGGAAGACAUCAGAACAGGUCACUGCAGAAUUGUCUAAGCUGGGCAUUUCUUGUGGUACUUACCAUGCUGGUAUGGCGAUCCGUGCCAGGAGAGACGUACAUCACCGAUUUAUGCGAGAUGAAAUACAGUGUGUUGUGGCUACUGUGGCAUUUGGGAUGGGUAUCAAUAAACCAGACAUCCGUAAAGUUAUCCACUAUGGAGCUCCUAAAGAAAUGGAAUCCUACUAUCAAGAAAUUGGUCGAGCCGGUAGAGACGGUCUGCCUAGUAGCUGCCAUGUUUUGUGGACUCCCACAGAUAUGAAGUUUAACAGGCACAUGCUUAGCGAGAUCAAAAAUGAAGGUUUUCGAGACUACAAAUUGAAAAUGUUAGCAAAAAUGGAAAAAUACCUUAAUUCAAGUAGCUGCAGGCGAAAGAUCAUCUUGUCCCAUUUUGAAGACAAACAACUUCGCAAGGUCUCUUUUGGUAUAAUGGGAACUGAAAAAUGUUGUGAUAACUGCAAGACCAGAUUAAGUCACAACAUUUCAAUUAUUGAUCAAGAAGACAGCCUCCAAGACUUUGGUCCUCAAGCCUUCCAAUUUUUGUCUGCAGUAGAAGCUUUGGGGGAAAAAUUUGGAACAGGCGUCCCUGUUUUAUUUCUCCGUGGUUCAACAUCACAAAGAUUGCCAGACAGAUAUCGCUGCCAUCUUCUCUUCGGUAAGGGAAAGGAUGUAUCCGAAGCAUUUUGGAAGGCUCUAGCAAGACAGCUGAUUACUGAAGGAUUUCUCCAAGAGUUGUCUGGUCGAACCAAAUUUGCAACUACCUGUGGCCUUGCAUCCAAGGGAAGAAACUGGAUGAGUAAAGCCAAGACUCAGUCAUGUCCAAGUCUUAUGUUGACACCAAAUGAAGAGUUGUGUCCGCGAAGAUUUGUUCUGCCAAGUGUGCAUCCACGUUCUCCAAUGGUUAGGCAGCCAUUACCAGAUGUAGGAUUGAAGAGACCUGAAGCUGGCGUUCAGAAAGCCUCUUUGAAAAACAAGUUUUCAUAUCAAGAACCUGGAAAGCUUUCAAAAUCACCAGAACUGCCGUCAACCAGCAUGUUGAGACACAUUUCACCACGCAAACCUUCCAAACCGCCAGAACCAGCUGUGUCACCAAGAGAAAUGCAGCUGCAGACUACACUGUAUGGCAAACUGGUUGCAGCCAGGCAAAAAAUUGCCAGUGAGAAGGAUAUCCCACCAGCCGUAUUGGCUACCAACAAAGUGCUUGUGGAUAUGGCUAAAAUUAGGCCAACUACAGUUGAAAAUAUGAAAAAACUUGAUGGGGUAUCAGAAGCAAAAGCUAAUAUGCUAGCGCCCCUUGUGGAGGUUGUGAAAGAAUUCUGCCUCACCAACAGUUUGAAGGCAGAUUCGCUUAACAUUUCUGGUACAAAUUUACAAACCAAUGUGGCUGUAUCCAAAGGCUCAGCCUGCAUAGCCCUCCCAGAGUCGCCUCGUGUCACCUACUCCCUGUUUCAGGAACAGUGCUUGUCAAUGCAAACUAUUGCUGAUACCAGAAGCAUAAGCUUGACAGCUGUUGGCAUGCAUUUAUGGCAGGCACUGAAAGCUGGUUACCCCCUCGAUUUACAGCGAGCUGGCUUAACACCUGCUAUACAGAAGACGAUUACAGAGGUCAUUAAAGGGCCAACUAUCAACUCAGAUCUGUCAAGUUUUCAAGCUAUAAGGUCAUUAUUGGAUCCUGAAAUUGAUAUCUACCUCGUAAGAAUGGUGAUCACUCUGCUUGAAAAAGAGGAUAAGGUUGAGCUGAAGAAGAAAACACUUGGCCUCCCCAAGGAACAACCACAAAGUCUACUUUUGCAAGCAAGGGACAAGCCACAGGAACAAGAGCACACACAGCCUACAACUACUAUGGACAAGAGUCAUCUUUGGAUUGAAAAAGAGGAACCAGCCAAAGAAAUCACAUCGAGUGUACAGAAAGAUUGCACAUCUGUUGUGGCCCCGAUCAAGCUUGCCUCAUGGAAUCAGCAGGUGCUGGAUGAAGACACUGAGGAAUUAUUCUCAGACUCCCAGGUUCAGACACCAAAAAGAAAACUGCCUGGAUGGUUUGAAGCUCCAAAAGAAACUGCAAGGUCAUCUAAUAUCAAAAAAGCCAAAACUGUGAAGAAGAAAGGCCUUUUUGGAUGAAUGCUUGAAUUAUAUUUUUUUUUAUAUGCUGUCGUAUGUUUAGAUUCAAUACCGUUUCUCUAUUAAUCCUACUUAAAGUUAAUGGAUUGCCAGCAGUCUGCAGUAUUGGUCCAUCUGAGUGUUAUCAAUUGUUUCCCUCCACCCUCUGACACUGGCAGCAUUGAUUGGAUAGGGGCAGGGUCACCCCCAUCCCUUAACUGGCAAUUCAUUCAUAAACUUCUAGUAGGAGUAAUAGAGGAAUGGCACAACAUUGAGAAUUCUAAGCUAAUUUUUUUUGUAAUAUACGGUAGAAGCCAAGUUGCAAGUUGGUAAUUUUCUUAUUAUGUAAAGACCAGUGUGCAUACUUGUAGUGUGGGGCCAACAAUACUCUAAGGUGUAUGAGCGAAGCAUGACGGUCCCCCAGUGUCUACUGUGAGGAGUUACAAGGAAGGGUCAUAUUAGAUUUAACAUGCUUGAUCUUUUGUACCUCAGGGAUAUAAGUGGUACAAUAUGACAGCCACUUAUCACCCAUUUACCUAUGGCCACCAAAAACUUGUUCCUCUGAUCCAAGUUUACAUGAUGAUUUAGGAGUUAGGAGACAUAGUUAUCAGCAGAACAAAUAUUGUGUAAAUAUAUAAAUGUAAAAUAUAUGUCUAGCAUUUUUUCACCAAAAUAAUUACAAUAUGUUUUUUUAAUAUUUGAUUCGUUUUCUGGGAACUUGUUAAAUAAAGAAAAGUAACAGUAAAUCUUUUCAUGUAUAUAAAACACCAGAAUUUAUCACUACAGAGGCUACGGUUAAUUGUAUUACAUUUACAGGGUUUCAAGCACUAAGAAUGAAGUGCAAUGCUUUAAGGGGUUGUCUGAGUUAAACUUGGACAGCCCAUGUAAUUGGUCAAAAAUAACAAAAGAUUGGAUCCGCACCCUUUUUCUCCCCUGCUUAUUUCAGCAUUGCUGUCCAGUCUUCCUUGUUCCUGACAUUAUCUUCCUGGCUGUAGCGGUGAUGUUACAUGCACACAGGUCACCAUGCUGCCAAUUACUGGCCUGAGAUAUCACCGCUGAGGCCAGCGAUUGGCUGCAGCAGGACCUGUAUGCUCAGAACAUCACCGCUGCAGUCAGGCAAACAAACAGAAGCGCGAAGGACCUGAGUGCAGUGCAGGAAGAAGGGCAGAAAAGUGAUUUUCUUGUGA